UUUGCGUGGAAGAGGUGGUGGAUGUUGAUGUGAUGACUAGCUCAGCUUACACAGCUGAGUUUCUCCAUUUCCUCAGUUCUCGAAAUAAAUUUUACAAAGUGGUCACGUUAAUUAGUUGGUAGGAUAAUUAAUUCAUCGUCAUCAUGGGUCUAUUUGGAAAAUCACCGGAAAGUGAUCCAAAAGUUCAGGUGACCGAAUGGACAAAAAAGAUUCGGAGAGAGUCUACGUCGUUAGAUCGUCAAGUCAGAGGAAUCCAGAGGGAAGAGGAGAAAAUUAAGCGAUCUUUGAAGGAUGCUGCGAAAAAGGGAGACAAGGACGUAUGUCGCGUUUACGCCAAGGAGCUCGUCCGGUCUAAAAAAGCCAUUGGAAAACUCUAUACCUCUAAAGCCCACCUGAAUUCCAUACAGAUGCAUAUGAAGGAACAGUUGGCCGUACUGAAGACGACAGGAGCGCUUCAAAAGUCGACCCAAGUAAUGCAGUCAGUCCAAGCCCUUGUAAAAAUACCGGAAGUUGCAGCUACCAUGAGGGAAUUAUCAAAAGAAAUGAUGAAGGCUGGGAUUUUGGAGGAAAUGGUGAACGAUACGUUCGAAUCCCUUGAAGAUCAAGAGGAACUGGAGGAGGCUGCGGAUGAGGAAAUCGAUAACAUUUUGUGGGAGGUCACUGCUGGUCAGAUUGGAAAAGCUCCUCCCGCAGGGACACGAGCCAUGCCUCAAAUCGCUCCUCCUGCAGAGGAAUCCGAAGACGAAGAGGAAAUCGAAAGGAUGCAAAACCGUCUGGAGGCCUUAAGGAGUUAAAUUGUUGGAAAGUUGAAAAAUAUGACAACGAUGUUGACACGACUUGCCUGUCAUCAAUUGUAAAAUUGAACUGUAUAACUCUAAUAUUAAUACCUACCACUACAUAACAAGUACUACAUAAGAUUCAUUACUCGCAAAAUUUUUGUAUGUAAAUAUGUAACUUAUAAUUAGUCGUAGAAAAUUUUUGCCUUAAAAGGAUUCAUAACUACUAAAUUGUACUGUAUAAUAAUAAUAAAAAUCCGUCUACUAAAAAUUAGUUAUGUAUGUGGAAAGCAGCAGCGAGUAGCACUUGAUACAUACAUAAAUUUUAGCUGUGCAAUAUUGUCAAAAUUAACUAAUAAUCAGUAUUAAGUAAGAAAUCCAUUAUUUUGACGCAUGCAUUUGUAUUCACUGGUACGUACACAUAUAAAUUUCCUUCAUAUUUCUAUUAUUGUAUUACCUUCUUUGUGCUGGAGACAAAGAAUUAGCAAAAACAUAUUUCAACUUCACAACCUUUCUUAUUCAGAACGCGAAUCCUGCGAUUAUAUUAUUUGCACGUAUUUGUCUUUAGGUUAAAUAUUAUAUUAUUUAAUGUGCUACACUAUUAUUUAAAUCUUCAUUUUACAGCUCCACAAAUAAAACAAAAGCUAUUCAUCAAGUAUGCUAAUAGCCAUGUUCAC